GUGGCUGGUCACACUGUCUUUGAGUUUGGGCUCAGGACCUCUGUACCGCUCACAUCCUGGCUACGGCCCUGAAGGGUGGUCCUGUCUUUUCUUCUCUCUUUCUCUCUAGGACCCUGUAGCACCUGCUGAUCCCUCGGAGCCUUGACGUCAGCGCUGUAAACGGUGGAGAUCUCCGGUGCGCGGCGGCAGCAGUGCCCACAGGCGCAGCGUCCGUCCAGCGCGCAACGCAGGCGGCUGCGGCGGCACCAGCAGCAGCAGCAGCAGCAGCAACAACACUCAGCUCAGACUUCCCCGCCCGACUUUCACAUCUAUCCGAUCAUCACAUACAUCCACGCACACACAUCAGCAUCCUCACUGGGUUUUGAACCGGUUCACCUUCUUCGCCUCUCCAGCCGCGCCAUGUCGUCUGCUGUCACCGAGACGGAGGAGUCGGCGCGCAGCUCCCCGCUGACGCCGCUGAAGCUGGUCGGGCUGGUGUGCGUGUUCCUGGCGCUCUGCUUGGAUGUGGGAGCCGUGAUGAGCCCGGCGUGGGUGACUGCCGACGACCAGUACUACCUGUCCCUGUGGGAGUCCUGCUGGAAGCCGGCGAGCACCGAGAACUGGCAGUGCACCAGCACGCUGGGUACAGACUGGCAGGUUGCUACCCUGGCCCUGUUGCUAGGGGGUGGAGCCCUGGUGCUGAUGUCAUUCCUGGUCGCUCUGGUUGCCGUGUGCAUCGGUACGAGACGGCGGUUCUACGCACCCGUCGCCUUCAUGCUCUUUGCUGCAGUUGUCCUCCAGGCCUGCAGCUUGGUCCUGUUCCCCAUCAAGUUCAUCGAGAGCAUCAACCUGAGGAUCUACCAUGAGUUCAACUGGGGCUAUGGCCUGGCCUGGGGGGGAACCAUCUUCUCCUUCGGUGGGGGAAUCCUCUAUUGCCUAAACCCCAAGAACUAUGAGGAGUAUUACUAGCUCCAUUUCAAGAUGAGAACCCCACAUGUUGGGAGAGGUAUUCAGGGGGCGAGCAUGGGAUUUUGAUUUUUUUUUCUUUUUUUCUUUUGUCUUUCAUGGCUCAAUUAAAAGAACUGUAAGGAAUACUAUAAACUGUAUUUGAGCCAAUAACUGUAUCGCCACAAGCUUCGCUCCUGGGGUGAGUUCAUGUGGUGAAGCUGGCUUAUUUCUUUUCCUGCUUCAGUCACCAGAGAAGUGAGCACUGAGGCUACAUGUUUGAACUUACAGUCAGCGUCACCAGGUCAGUCCUGGGGAGGGGUCGAGGGUUGGGAAGGAGUCUUACUAUUCUAUUCCUAGGACUUGUGAGAACUGACAACCCUGCAGUAGCAAAGGAUGGAGGUUUAUGGUAACAAUCCGUCCUUUCUUGCCUGUGACUCUGUUACUUAAGGAACAGGAUGUCUGACUGGGAGGCUUGUACUGCACGUUUACGCACGCAUGCACAUGCAGAGGCACGUGUAUCUUCACCUGUCAACAUCAUGUCCUCGGGCCGGGCUUCAAAAAUCCCCCCCCCCCCCCGACUCCUGCUCCAUCCAUGCAUCAUUGUCAGUGCUUAGUUAGUGCUUAGUUGUGGCAUUUUGUUUUUCAGAGUCCUCUGGAGCGCUUAAACUUUCACAAGGACAUGGAAGAGGAUCAGACGCUCCGGUUGCACUUCAUAACUUUUCAUAAGACAGAUAGAUUCCUCCUGGGGGGGGGGGGAUACAGUAAAGACACCCGCUCAAUAUUCUGUUAUCGACCCACUUGUCUGUUACCGCGGCAACCCAUGGGGUGUGCACAUGCAGCUGUCAUGAUUGAUUAGCCAUGGUCGGAGGUGUGAGACGGGACUGCGCUCAGCUGCCUCCAAGGGUCUGCUAAAUUUCGAUUCCCAAUGAGGCGAGUUUCUCCGCACCAUGACGUUCGGAGCAUCCUUCCUCCUCCUGUCCAGCUCCUCUGCAUCCUGCUUGUCAGUGGGAGUGUCUGCUACACACACCACAGGCAGAUACAAUCUCUCAGUGGACAUGUUUACAUGCACAUCAAUAGUUUAUGAAAGUUAGUAGGUAAAGCUGACACCUUCUGAUUGGUUGGUUGACCAAAUUUUUGCUGAAUUAGCUUCUGGCUGCUGUGAUACGGAAUGUCCACAUAAGUAAAAAUGUUAGCACAAGGUAAAGAGAAGGCUGAAGCACAUAGGGAGAGAAGACAAACCCACCAGUCUGUGUGGUCAGCAUCAUUGCCCCCCCCCAUUCAGUAUUUCUUUCAAACUCUGUGCAGACUCAUUUUGAAUGAUGUCAGAGUAAGGACGGACCUGUCAUUGCAAAGCACCAGAAAAGAGCUGAAAAUUAGUGCAUCCACCAGAGUAUUACAUCACUGCUGAUCACAGCUGAUCAGGGUAACUUGUAACUUUUCCCAUUAAAGGCAAAAGGAAGGGGAAGGGGGAAGGGGCUUAUGAUUGGAUGGCGAGGUAAAAAGUUACAGUGACAAGCUCAGUGUUUACCCAAAUAUCACUCUUUGAUGUUUAGUUGCACAGGUACCCAGCUCACAUUUUAGUCCCCUUAUAAUCUAAAACAGUAUUUAAUUCCUGACAACAGGAUUACAGUCAAGGACACAAUCAGACAGUAGCUCUAGGUAUGAGCAAUCGAUGCAUUAUUGUGUGCAUGUAAACAUGGCAACUGAAGCCGACUAUUUAUAAAUAGCAUCAGUGUAUCUACUGAUAAGUUUAGGCCACGCUUCAUUAACACCAGACUGCUGUCUCCUUGUCUACAGUAAAUGUCAGGGACCAGCCCUGCACCCAGAGUGUGUAGAUUUGGGUGGAAAACGAGCCUGGCAUGCGUCUGUUGACAUGGGUAAAGCAAAUGUCAAUAUCAGCCAGUGUCAAAUGUCAGUAUUAUUAGAUGUUAGUGGAAUUCAGACACAUUAAGACAAGAAGCAGGAUUGUAUCGUACAUUAAAAGCAUCACCACCUUACAGAAGAGAACAUCUGAUAAUCACUGCUUUCAUGCCCCACCUUGCUGCUUUGAAUUGAAACAGUAUUUAUCUAAUUUCCUCUGUUUCCCCUGCCCUCAGGGUUUGGCUCUAAUCACCAGUUGUUUGGGUGGUAGCCAUGGGUCCAGUGCAAUUUUUGGGUGUAAAUACAGAUGGAGAAGCAAAUAUUGUGACCUCCAUACAGAUUUUAUUGGGCGAUUAAAGCAGGUGAUAAAGCUAAUUUUUGCUUUCAUUGCGCAAAAUCCUAUUUAUGUUUUCUCUUAGCUGAAGCCCUGUGUGCUGAAUUACUUCCCUAACCUGGUGACCUCCAUUCUCCCUUCAAAACACAUUCAAAGUGCACAGGUAGUGGAAUGUAAAAUAAGAAUUCUCCAGAUGACAUUUUGGAGACACAAGCAGCGUCUUUUCUGUAGCUCUCCAUUGUCACAUAUUUAACGUGGAGCUGUCAAGCAACCAUCACCCAAAAAUAGCAUCCAGGCUGCCUCCCUCGCCUCCUUAACAAAUGUGUGACUGAGCAGCCGCCACGCGAUUCAUGCAGCUGACAGAAGUCCAUUUAUUUUAUAUAAAGUGACACGAUGAUGUUUAGCACAGACAGAAUCAUGUCCUCUGUUGUCGAUGGGUUCUGCCUGUUACUACAAUGGCAUUACUUCAAAUAUCAGCUUAUUCAAGUUGUUCACAACUGAGAUCUGAUGCGACUAGAAGAUGGCUUCUGUCAUGCAUGAGAUUACAGCAUGCAAGUUACAGUGCAGUGAUUUCAUAUAUAUACAGGGUAUCAGUACUUACCAGGUUUCUAUAACAGGAUAGAUAUGUCAUAAAUAGGUAAGACGACAAAAGGUUAGGGAAUUAGAGGGUUAAAACUUAUCAUUUAUUUUUAUACAAAUAAACUGGAAAAACAUUGUAAAGUUUUGGAACACUUAUUAUUAAAAUAUAUUAUUAAAGGAAUUGUUUGACAUUUUGGGAAAAUCAUUUUCUUGUUGCGAGUUACUGAUAGUUGAGAAGAUCGAUGCCACUCUCAUGUCUGUACACUGAUAUGAAGUUGCAGCCAUCAGCUGGUUAGCGUAGCUUAGCAUAAUAUAAAGACUAGAAACACAAGGUUCCCACAGUCAUGGAAAACCUGGAAAUGUCAUGGAAUUUAACGUUGUAGUUUUUAAGGCCUGGGAAAGUCAUGGAAUUAGUAAAAUAUUUGAAAGUUUUGGAAAAGUCAUGGUAUUCUGUUGUCUGUGUGUGUGUGUGUGUGUGUGUGUGUGUGUGUGUGUGGACGUAAUGUAACACAGCACCAAAUUUAUGUUAUGUACCUGUUGACAAAUCGUAGCUCUAAUAUGUGCAUACGAGUGGCAACCAUAGCGUAGACAUUUUGUUUACCAUCAUGUACGUUUCUUCACUUUCUCCCCGUAUUCUGUCUCUUCAUGUUCUCAAAUUUGCAGAACUAUGUAUGAAUAGAGUUUAUUUGUUUAAAAAGGAGAAGAAUAUUUUUUGUGACAGUGUGAUUUACCAUGUAGGAUCAUGAAUCCCAAAGUUUCCAUACCUUUGUUAUGCCCCACUACUGCUUUUAAAUUAUACUGCAUUUUUGAGAUGGAGCGAUGUUCGUAUUAUAAAUGGUGAAUGAAUGGGCAUGGAAGUUUCAUCAUCGGUCCUUGAAAAGUAAUGAAAGAGUUUUGAAAUUUUGUCCAUGAAAAUGUUUGUGAACCCUAGCAACAAUGGAAAAGGGUCUUGUUUCAUUGACAAACUGUUUCCCCAAGUCUUUAUGUGAACAAAAGUUAACCAGCUGUUUGACUGUAGCUUCAUAUUUAGUGUACAGACAUGCAAGUAGAAUCAAACUUGUCAUCUAACCCUGGGUGAGAAAGACAAAUGUCCAACUACUCUUUGACAGUCUAAAUUAUUGUUGCUUGGAACAAAACAUUAAAAAGCACAGUAAGGUGAGUGUACCAAUAUACCUAUGCUCAAAAGAUGUAUGUAUACUCAGGAACAGUGGUGUAGCUUUGGGAUCCAGUGGAGGAUUUAUUCAACAAACAGAACUUUUCUCAGAGAAGAGCCCAGAGCAGCUUCUAGAUAACCCCUUAAAUAUUGUCAGUGGUACCCUGCAUAUACGAAAUAUUUACUCUGUAAUUUGCUGGCUGUAAUGUAAAGUGGUACUAAAGAGUAAACUUGUGGGCAGGAUGUAGUGGAACCACUUAAUCCCACUUCACAAGCCGUUUCAGGCUGACAUUAACCUCAUGCUGUAAAUUCACAGUGUAUAUUCUCAUUAGUUGUAUUGAUCUGAUGGAUGUUACAUGAAAGUAGGGUCAUCUGAGGGAAAGACAAUAUUUAACUUCAAAGCUUUUAUGUUGACUUUUUUUUUAAGUGACUGUCGCAGUUAACCCAUCUUUAUAUUUGGCACUGAGUGAAAACAGAAACAGCGCUCACUGUUACAGCCAUUAUUCCAUUAGUCAUACCAGAUAUAUGGGUCAGCGGGUGCUUUUUAGCAUGUGACCCAUCUCUUUGGUAUUUUAUCAGUUUGAAAGAUGUCACAGCCUCACCGAGCACCAAGCGGUCAGGCUCCGGUUGCUCAGUGUUCAGUUUUGUUGGGUCACUGGGUUUUCUGUCGGAUCAUGGACGAAGCACUUUGUGUCACCUGACUCGAUGUGUUGUUACUCUAUGCGGGCAGAGCAGAAAAGAAGUCCUGACACAAUGAGGGAGUGCUAUAAUAGAGAUCAUAACCACCAGUAUGAUAUUUGAUAUGGCCGUCCGCUACUGUAUUUAAUACUGUAUUAUCACAGUUUAGUGAGGGUGUUUUUGCUACCUAGAAAUGUCUCUGUGCUUUGGUGGUGUAGAGGAGCCUUAGGCACUAACACUGUAACAGACCUGGGUUAAAAUAUACAGGAAUCAUUUCCAAUAUCCUAAUGUGUAUUAAAGGGGAACUCUUGGACCGAUGUUUUUGUGUUCAAGUGAAUCAAUUUGUCACUCAGGGCUGGUACGCCCCAUCAGUUUACAGCCAUUAAAAGUGCUUGUUUUUGCCACUGACAGGCAUAGAUUUUUAUUUUAAGUGUCUUAUAACAUUACAAAAAAGGACCCCACAGAGAAAUUUAACAUUUUUUUCUGUACCUUUUGCUUGGAGAUGUCUCAGUCUGAAAACUCACACUUUUUCACGUUGUCAAAGUCAGCUAAAUAUUCAGCUGUGACAUCUCUCACUUGCUUUUCCAUCGUUUUCUUCUUGCAACAACUCACCUCACGUGGGACUUCACAGCAAGUCUCGAAUUGAACUCGAGACCCGUUUUGAGGGUUUCAGUCUCAUCUUAGACUCAACUGUAUUUUUACUCAGACUUGUGAUGGUCUUGGACAAAGGUGGCUUUUAUUUUAAGACCAAUCAAGACCAUAACUAGCGCAAUGUCAUGACAUUUCCUGUGCAGAAAAUGAGUUUUGAAUAAAGGUGGUUGAGUUGUUUGCUCAUAGAGAACAAAGGAAAAUCCCCUCACAUAAAAUCCCCCUCUGCAGUGCCAUUUAUUAUUUUAUCAAGACAUUUCUCAUGGUGCACUUAUACAUAUACACGUGUAUACAGUAUUGCAAUAAAAGAGAUGAGUGAAGAGGAAUCAUUUGUUUUCUCUGGGUGUUUUUAUGGACAUGUGGAUCUUUCAGAUCAGUUUGAGAAGUGCCUAUGGUUUGCUCCACAUUUAAUCAUAAGUGUGUCAUGCAAUGUAGGACUCUCACUGGUCUGGUCUUGUGCAUGAGUCAGUCUCAACCCCUCAGAGUCUUGGUCUUGUCUAGGUCUAGAUACACUCUGGUCUUGGUCAUGACUUCUCGAUUUAGGUGUUGAAAACAGACCAGAACAAGCGAAAGGUACGAGAAACAUUUCAUUUCUCUGCAGUUAUCCUUUCUGUAAUGCUGCAAGGCUCUCAUGAUAACAAUCUCAGCCUGUGGCAAAAAUAAGCACUUUUAAUCAAUGUUAUAUUAAAGCCUGUUUAGCUGCUGCCGGCUCAGCCCUCUCUCUCAAUACUGGACCAAUUUCAACUGUUAUUGUUCCCACGAGUCACUUAGACACAAAAACAUAAAUAAAAAGGGUUCAGGUUGAAAAAUACCAGAGUUCCCUUUUAAUGGCAGGUGUAAAAAACAAUUUAAUAGUUUCAUAAUCAAUAACUAGCAUUUGUUUGUGUGUGUGUUUUUUUGCUGAAUAUUUGUCAGCAGCAACUCUUAAAGUGAUGUUUGAUGUACUGGAAAAGCUGCUGAUUUACCGUCUGGCAUUAUUCUGAAUCUACCUGCCAGACACAUAAACACUCUGAAGGAGAUAUAUCCCCUGAUGGAUCAUUUCAGAUCAAAGACUUACAGGUAGUUUUACGUUGUGCAGCAGCUGUUAUUAGUACAUCUUUUAUCCAAGAUUCAAAGUGACAGUACUACAUCCAUAAAUCCAACAUACCUUAACUUCUCAUAGCUGCUGCCUUAAGGAGUGAGCGGAAGCACUUAAAGUCUCUGAGUGUUGUGAUUUCUUAAUUGGGAGCGGAAAUCAAUGUCUCUUCAGUUGUAAUUACGAGUCUCUGAUUCUAAAUGACAAUGUAAAUAUGUUUGCACCAGUUUCAAAAAUGACCUACAUGCUUUGAUUUUUAAUGAAGCACUUCAGUGUGGUUCUUGGUAAAUAAGACUAUUUGUGUUAGGCCCCUCAGUGUGAUUUCUACGGGGAGCUACAUGAGCUUGCUACAAAAACCCAACUAACCUAAUGCAUUGUACCCGUUAUUUGUGGCCCCAGGGUGUCUGAGCCAUGCUGGGUCCUUGUAUGUUCUAGCCCAGGUCUGACUCGUAGUUAUUAGCAUUUGUUUGGUUAUUAAUUUAUUGAUGAAAAGUAGAGGCUCGCAAACAGAGACAGCUCUGUUUUAUGCAUCAUCUCCCAGUAGACUGGAGAGAAACACUGUCUAAUGAUGUGCAUAGGGAUUUAGUAAGUGUGUAUGGAUGUGUGUUUGUGUGUGUGUGAAUGACAGAGGAAACGUGCGUUUGACCAAGAGAAAAAGAGUGCGUGUGUGUGUGCAUGUGUGUUGGCAUGUUUUAGAUGCCAUUGUAGAGAUGUCAGUAAUCAGCAUUUAUCUCUUUGUACGUUGG